AUGCAGAAGGCCAAUCUUCCCAAGUGGCCAUGCCUAAAAAGUGAAAAGCAGAAAAAGAACCUUCUACUGUCCAAAAGAAGCAAAAGAUUAAAAAUAUGGCCAAGAAAUCUAAAGUUGCCUCUUCUAGUGAUUCGGAUUAUGUUCCAUCAUAUCACAACCAAGCGAAGUCCACUGAAGCCGAACAUGUUCAUCUUGAAAGCUCACCAUGAAGAAAUUCACCUCCUUGGUCCCCAACUCCUGAGUCCAUAUCAUGUUCUAAGUGAUGAGGAUGACGAUUAUCCCUUUACUAAGCGGCACUUCAAGGAUCUUAAUGCAAAACUUGACAAGUUGCUUGCUUCAACCUCUUCUUCCUCCUCAUCAGCUUAUGCUGACGCUGCUAUCAAAGCCCUAAUUGAAACAUCCAUUCAGCAGCCUGAUGAGUGUAUCAAACAAGCGACCAUGGCCGUCCUUGCUUCUUCUUUUUCUUGUAAGAAUGCUUCUGAUAAUGUGGCAAAAAUUAUUGAAGAUGCCCAGACUUUUCAUGAUUCUCUUAAGGUAGCUACUGAGUCUAAUGCUAACAAGGUCAAUUCUGCAAUUGAUUCUCUUUCAAAGUCUCUUCAAGGUGAGCAAAAAAAGUUUGAGAUGGUGCAUGAUUCUCUGAAGGCUUAUCAGACUACAUUUUUGUCCUCCAUCUCCUCUCGCCUUGAAAAGCUACAAGACGAUCUCGCCCUGGAGAACAAACUUAGAGAUGAGCUGGCUCUCAGCACAUCUCAGAGCAACGUUGGUGUCGUGCAUUCUAUUCUUUUGCAUCUUUUCGACGCACAUGAUUUGGUUCUUACAAUCACAACUCGCCGUCACCUGGCUGAGAAGUUGAGAUUGGCUCUAGACAUCCUAAGCAGGAUUGAGGGUGAAUCCUCCGAACCUGAAAAUCCAAAACUCAAACACAAUAAUCAAGAGCUCACGGAGAAGCUUAAAAAGGCGGAUCAAGACAUUGAAAGAGAGAAUAAGGAAAAAGAAGUGAAUGAUGCCUUGGAACGAAGGAAAUCCUUAUUCCCUUUGUGGACGAUAGAAAGUCUAUUGAAAGAGGCAAUCGAAUCUUCGAGCACACAAUACCUCACAUUGAGUAAUGAGAAGAUCACGACAGUGAAGGUUGAUUGA